CAAGAACUUGCUCCGAACAUUGCCCGAACGUCAGACCCUGCCCCUAAAAGGUUUAUGUGCAGAAUACACACAACCACACCAUCGGAGCUCGCUCUCGUCUUCUUCCUCGACGCUUCCGCCUCCAUUCUUCUUCUCAGACUGGUACUGUGAUUCCCCCCCGCAGAGAGAGAGAGAGAGAGAUGUUGGACAUCAAUUUAUUCAGAGAAGACAAGGGCCACAACCCAGAGCGCAUCCGUGAAUCCCAACGUCGCCGCUUCGCCAACGUCGAUCUCGUCGAUCAGGUCAUCCGCCUUGACAAAGUAUGGCGUCAGCUUCAGUUCGAGCUCGACAAUCUCCGCAAGGAUUUCAACAAGAUCAACAAAGAAGUCGCUCGUCUCAAAAUCGCGGGUGAGGAUGCAACUCAAAUGAUAAAGAACACUGAUGAGAACAAGCAAUCAACAGCGAAGAAAGAUGCUGAAGUUCAGGAGGCCAAAGCAGCAUUAUAUUCAAUAUUGGAAACAGUCGGAAAUCUUGUGCAUGAUUCAGUACCAGUCAGCAAUGAUGAGGCCAACAAUGCAAUAAUUCGAUCUUGGGGAGAGAAACGAACAGAACCGAAAUUAAGAAAUCAUGUGGAGCUUGUUGAGCUACUUGGAAUUGCAGAUAUAAAGAAAGGUGCUAAUGUGGCGGGCGGUAGAGGAUUCUACUUGAAAGGUGAUGGUGUACGCCUUAACCAGGCUUUGAUUAAUUUUGGUCUUGAUUUUUUGGAGAAAAGGGGAUACACAAUGUUGCAAACUCCAUUCUUCAUGAGAAAAGAUAUUAUGGCAAAGUGUGCUCAGUUAGCCCAGUUUGAUGAAGAACUUUACAAGGUUACUGGUGAAGGAGAUGACAAAUACCUGAUUGCUACAGCUGAGCAACCACUCUGUGCCUAUCAUUUAGAUGAUUGGAUCCAUCCUUCACAGCUACCCCUAAGAUAUGCUGGAUACUCAUCUUGCUUCCGUAAAGAGGCAGGUUCUCAUGGUCGAGAUACUUUGGGAAUAUUCCGGGUUCAUCAGUUUGAGAAAGUGGAGCAGUUCUGCCUUACCAGUCCUAAUGGCAAUGACUCUUGGGACAUGCAUGAAGAAAUGAUAAAAAAUUCAGAGGAAUUUUACAAGAUGCUAAACAUCCCCUAUCAAGUUGUUGUGAUUGUUUCUGGUGCUUUGAAUGAUGCGGCCGCAAAGAAGUAUGAUUUGGAAGCAUGGUUCCCUGCAUCCAGUACUUACAGAGAACUUGUGUCCUGCUCCAACUGUACAGACUACCAGUCCAGAAGAUUAGAAAUUCGAUAUGGGCAGAAAAAGGGUAAUGAACAGGCAAAGCAAUAUGUUCACUUGUUGAACUCUACCCUAACAGCAACAGAGAGGACUCUUUGCUGCAUUCUUGAGAACUAUCAAAGAGAAAAUGGACUCAAAAUACCUGAAGCUUUGCAACCAUUUAUGGGUGGGAAGACUUUCCUACCAUUCCAGAACAAGCCAGCUCCCGAAGCGAAAGGGAAGAAAUCCAAGCCCUAGUUAAUUAACACAACAUUGGAUUUUCCUUAUUGCAGUAAAAUUUAGGGGAGUUUUAAGUUAACAGUCCAAAACAAUCCCCCUCCCAACUCUCCCCAAACCAACCAAAAAAAGAUAAACCAAAGCAAUUGAAGGAGCAGCAGGAACCUCCAUUGUUUUAUGAGGUGCUUCCAAACAAUUUUGAGCUAUGAUUUUGUAAUUCAUGUCAUGAAGUUGGUACUGUAAGAUCAUAGGGCUUCUAUGGAUUUUGUAAGUGGUUGACAGGACUUGGGCUUGUGGAUUUUCCUUUGGACAUUUUUUGAAGGCCAAUAUAUUGGAGAAAUGACAUAUUUUAAGUACUCAA